GUGCUUGACAAAAUGGCUAUGGUGAUAUCUUCGACGACAAAAGCGGCGAUUGGCGGGCUCCUCGCCCUGAUGAUACUUGGAGCAGUUCUGGUGGUCGGAGCGGCCUUCGGCUGGUUUGACCCUAAGAGGGAGGAUGAAGAUACUCCGGCAAAAAUCAGCGCUAGGCUUCAAGGGAGGACCUCAUUCGUGACUCAUAGAGCUGUAAAUCCGGAUGAAAGCAGGCUUCCAGUUGUAUCUCAUUCUUCGCCAUAUACACUCAAAGGAGAAAAGGAUGAUGCAGCAGCGCUGUCCAGUAAAUGUCAGUGCAGUGCGAAUGAUUUCUUACAAAUGCUGGAAGUUAUGCCGGAACUCACAGGGCCUCCUGGACCCGAAGGCCCAACUGGUGCUGAUGGAACUACUGGUGCACCCGGAAAAACGGGACAAAUAGGAGAUCCAGGUGCAACAGGCCCUCAAGGCCAUAAAGGUGAUCAAGGGGAGAGAGGUGAAACUGGCAGUCCAGGAGCUGAAGGUCAACCGGGCCCUAAAGGAGAACCAGGUGUUGAUGGUAUUCCUGGUCUGCAGGGACAUCCUGGACCUAUGGGACCACCUGGACCAGCUUCGACAGCUUUAAUAGAAUCGGCGGGAUUAUACGGGACGGAAAGUGUGAUUCAGGGGCCUCCAGGCGAAAGGGGCCCUAUGGGCCUCCCAGGGCCCCACGGAGAGAGAGGCCACCAAGGGAAUAAAGGUGAAAGAGGCUUACAUGGGGGCAAAGGAGAUAAAGGUGACCGGGGGUACAUCGGAAUGCGAGGACCGCAUGGUGCGAAGGGGGAUCGUGGGCAACCCGGAAAAGAUGGAUUCCCUGGCCUACCCGGUGCGCAUGGACGUCCCGCUGAAAAAGGCGAAAAAGGUGCAAGAGGGCUUCCUGGUCUCCCUGCACCAUCAGAGGGGGCAAUCACAAAUAACUCAGUAUUAAGUUAUAUCACACAAUCAGAGCUACGUGAAGUCGCAAAGCUAAAAGGGGAUAGAGGAGAAAGAGGUGAAAAGGGUGAAAAAGGCAGUAGAGGUAUGGAAGGUCCACAAGGUUUUCCCGGUAAUGAUGGCAAGCCUGGUGAAAGGGGUGUCAUAGGACCAACAGGGUUACCUGGAACGCAAGGAGUAUCUGGAAUAAUUGGUUCUAAGGGUGACAAAGGCGAUGCCGGACCGCCAGGACCGGUAGCGAUAUCUCGGGACGAAGCAUUAAUACUGACGAAGGGAGACCAAGGUGAUACUGGACCAAAGGGUAAACGUGGACAUCCUGGAGCGCCGGGUCCCAGAGGACCACCAGGUCUGCCAGGCCCGCCAGGAGCUCCAGGCAUAAAUGGACCGUCUGGGGAUAUUGGGUUACCAGGUUGGACGGGUCCACCGGGCGCAGCGGGUCAAUCCGGGUCACCUGGACCAAAAGGAGAAAAGGGAGACUCCGGCCUUCCGCUAAUGACCUUAGAAAAGGUAAAAGGCGAAAAAGGGGAUCGAGGGAACGACGGGGUGCCGGGUCCGCCCGGCCCGCCGGGGAAGGACGGUGCCACGGGGCCGUCAGGUCCGGCAGGUCGGCCCGCUCCCAGGUUGCAAUAUAUUCCAAUUCCGGGUCCGCCAGGUCGCCCGGGAAUUCCAUGCCAGUCUGUUCAUGAUUCAAAUGACAAAUCUACUGAGAGCCCUAAGAUUAAUAGACUUGGCUCGAGCACAGCCGCACCUCAGGAUCCGCAAAAUUUUUGGAGUAACAUAAAUCUAAUACAGUACAAUCCAGAACAGUUUGCAUCCCAGGAGCCGCCAAAUUUCAUCGAUUCCGAAGAAGAAGAUGGCAACACUAUCGUCGGAACAAUCAUAUUCAAGACAACGCAUUCAUUAAUACGGCUGGGAGUAGACUUCCCACGUGGUACAUUAGCAUUCGUCGUAGCAGAGCAGGCCUUGUUAAUCAAAGUGAAGACUGGCUGGCAGUAUGUUGUAGUUGGAUCAUUUUUGAAGCUACCACUAGAAGAAGUUGCUGCAGGUGGUCCAACUAUGCCACCAUCGCAUAAUAUGAUAGAAACAUUAAGUACGAUCAGUCCAAGCGAAGGAAAGCCGGAGCCUGUUCUGCGCCUGGCGACACUAAAUUCAGCCGUCAAUGGAGAUCUUUAUGGAUUGGAAGCUGCACACUUAGCGUGUCAUAGACAAGCAACAAGAUUGCACCUUGGCACAAAUUUUGAAGCGUUCAUAUCUACCAGGGAGUUUAACUUAGAUAACUAUUUGAAACGGGAUUAUCGGGAUCUUGCCAUCGUAAACAUGCGGGGUGAGCUCCUAUUCAACUCUUGGAAUGAAAUGUUCGACGGUUCGGGAGCUGAACUUAAGUACGACACUGAAUUGUACAGCUUUAAUGGAAAGGACGUGAUGAUGGAUGCAGAAUGGCCUACAAAAGCGAUAUGGCACGGAUACGGUCCUGCUGAGGCGUUGGGAUUGAACUGCGCUUCGUGGCACAACGGCAGACCUAACAGCUUCGGCCUCGCCUCUACACUGACCACCAAUAAGCUGCUUGAUGUAGAGACGUAUCCAUGCAGUACGCGACUGAUCGUGUUGUGCUUGGAACGUAAACCAGAAGUUUCUAUUAAAAUAAGCAAGCCACCUCCAAGGAGAAUAAGAAAACCUGUAUCCGAAGAUGACCUUGAAAUCAAUAAAACUUCUGAACUUGAAAAAACUUUGAAUAGAACUAUUAGAUUAGAAAUAAAUCCUGAGUUCGAAAUAACGGAAGAAGAGUUCCUGGAAUACAACGAAGAUCUAAACAUAACGACACCUACAGACAUUGUAUAG